AUAAUCUAAUGUUCGUAUUUUGUUUAAAUAUUGCCAAACUUCUAUUUAUAAUUUAAAUAUAUGUAAUUCGGGGCCCCAAACAAACCUCACACGAAAUGCCAAACAAUCGGCCACAGAAAUGCCUGCCUUGCCUCUAAACUAUGUAACAGCCCCGGCCACAAUGAGGCAGACAUAAAAACAUGCUUAUAGCAAACUUUCUGCUGUAUUCUCUUCGUCUCUGAACAGCCAAAGACCCACAACGAAGACUGAUUACCCUUAUGCUCAGCCCAAGCAGAACAAUUUCUCUUUUAGUUCGCUCUUGCUGAUGUUCCUAAUGGGUUCAAAGAUAUGAUAUUAUUGAUGGCUCAAUAAGAGUGAAUAUCUGAACAAAUAUAUUAGUUAGAAAUCAACAUAAAUUUGACAGAAAAAAAAGAAAACAUUUGUAAUAAUAUAUGACACAGCAUAAUACAGAUAACCCCUUUCAAUCUUGGAAUUUUUUUACGAAUUUUUAUCUCGAUUCUCUAUGUAAGAAAAAAAAGAAAUUUUUAAUAAUAAUCAGUGCAUUUUUUGAGAAAAUGAGUAAUACUUUCACAGGCUGUUAUCAUUUUGGAUCUCAAAUCCCAAAACCGCUCAACAAAAUAUAGUCUCUAAACUAUUUAAUAAUAAUUCGAAUAGGUAUUUCCUUAAAUUUGUUAACUUACUAGUUCAUUCAGUUAACAAUUGCAUUAAGAGAAUGUUUUUGCUUGUAGUUUUUGGCUUUAGACCUUCGUUCUAUAUAUUAUCUCUAGUUUUGGCAUAGAGUAUUCCUCUGCGGUUUUAAGCCAAUUGACGUUCGCUUUGGCGUCUGCUUGUGGUUAGUUUUUUUUUUUUUCGCUACCUAGCCAAACAAUAAUAGAAACUGGCGGCAGAGGAGGCAGCAGUAGCAGCAGCAGCAGCAGCUCUCCCGCAGUGGCCACAAGCGCGAACGCCCGGUUCAGAGAUCGAAACGGAGCGUGUUCUAUGUUCCGCCCUGAGCACAUACUCGGCAGCUACUUUGGCGCUGUCGUCGUAGCGAUAUUUUUCAAUUUUUAUAAUUAGUAUUUGUGGCGUGCGCUUUCGUAAAUGUUGCGCUGAUUUCGGAUUGUUUUUUGUUUGCUAUUUCUUCUUGAGAACGCAAAGACGCGCUGCUUGAAAAAUAAAAAAUUUCAAAAUUAUUAAAUAAAAGUCGACGAAACGCGAAAAGUUCGAAUGGCUGCAAGUGCAUGUAAAUCAGGACAUCAAUUUGCAAUAUGCAAAAAAUAAAACGAAAUUCGAAAGUGGAAAUUAAAUUUGGAAUCGGAAUCGGAAUAGCUCUUGAAAUUGUCGCUGCUUCUGUUGUGUGUCUAUUUCUGUCGAAUAGCUGCCAAAUAUCGUACAAUUUCAAUUAUUCUUACAACACAUGAAAAUACGCUCUUUAUUUUGUAAAUACGUAUAUUCUAUUAUACUAUACUUAACUUAUAUGCAUACAGUACAAUGCAAAUGCUCGCCCCGUCGAGUAAAUGCCAAAAACAAAUCUAGCUAUAGCACGAAAACAGAAAACAGACAACAGAAGUCGAAAAUUUAUUCAUUAGAUAGUCCGACUCAGAGGAGGAAUCUCAACUAUUAGCCAGUCAAUCCGCUUUCCAGUCUGAUUCUUUCCCCUCAUUCUCAUAUGGAUCUUCGCGCAUAUUAUUAAUACUAUCGGAUUUUCGUCAGAGCGAAAAGGAAGAAGAAGAGUAGACGGAAGCCCACGCACGAAAAGAAAAAAAAAAAUGGCUACAUUUUUAAGUCGUUUUCAUCGGGAAAAAAGUGAAAAGAUUUUGCCAAAUGCUGUGAAUAGCGCAAACAGCGGUGGCAAGAAAACAGCUGACAUGGAGGCGGCGACGCCAACUGAGGCAGAAGCAGCAGCAUCAGCAGCCACAGCAACUGCGGCAGCGGCAGCGCAGCCGCGUCCACAGCGACGCUACAUGCGCAGCGCAACGGCGGCGAGCGUAACGCAGCUGCUCUCUGAAAGCUGCAACAGUUUGCUGCAGCGCUUUCGACGCAAUCCGAGCGAACGACCUGAUAACAAACUGCAGCAGCAGCAACAACAACAACAACAACAACAGCAGCAGCAGCAGCGCAAUCGUGCAGCGGCCAUACCCGAGGAUAACAUCAAUAGCACCAGCAAUAACAAUAACAAUAAGGAAAGCAACGAAAACAGACGCAGUGGCUCCAAGACCCCAACGAAUGAAAACUACAAUAACAAUAACAGCAACAGUAAUAAUAGGAACAACAAAAACAAAGACAAAGGCAAUCUCACAAAACAGAAACGUCGCCGCAGCUCGGAGAAAUCUACGAGCGGUCGUAGACGCCCGGAAGCGGAACGUGAUAGGGAUAGGGAUCGGGAACGUGAAAGGGAACGGGAACAGAACGCCAUGAGCGAUCGCCACAGACGUUACUAUGCCGGAGGUGGCCUCGGCUAUCAUCCGAUUAGCUCCACCAGUGGGAGCACCACCAACGCCAUCAUGGGUCGCUAUCAGAAGAGCUCAACGACGGCCACUGCGCUGGACCGGCUGCGCACCCAUCUGAGUCCCGUGGGCAGUAGCUAUAACUAUAAGCCCGCAAUACGAGGAUUAGGCACCGGCUUAAGGCGCGACCUGGACGAUGUUAGUAUGAUAAAGGCGUGCUGUGUGAAUACCAAUGGAUGAGAGCGUAGCGUGUUAUCUGAUCGUGGCCAAAUUCAUCCCGUGACUCACUGUCAGAGCAUUCGCCUUCUCUCUCUAGUCUUUUACUGUUUGGAAAACACUUGAAACUUAGUUGGCCCAUUUUCACCUGUCAUCGUGAGUCACAGCAGCAGCAGAGUCAAGUCGCUGUCCCAAUUCUGUCAGAGCUUGAGUGGCACGAGGCGGGUUGAAGGUUGCAGGUUGGAGGCGAUUGCAUACACAACGAUUGCAUUGGCAACCCCUAUUGCCACAUCAUAUUUUAAUAGACACUAAUACGUAUAUUAUAUAUAGCAGGUGUAUAUAGCAACUAAUAUGUAUCUGCUCUGAUUGUGCUCUCAGAUAUACGUACGUAUAGAUGAAUAUGUAUAUUUAGUGUGCCCACACGAAAUGUUUUAUAGCGCUUCUAUAUGCUUCUCAAAAUCUUCCUACUUGCCGUGUGCGUUUAUUUUCGAUUCCAAGCAAAUGUCCAUGGCUCCUCGUCUCGCCCCGCUCCUGUGUGUGUCGCCUGUGUCUCUUUCGACUCUCGGCUCUCGACUCUCUGGCUGGCAUUAAAUGUAUAAAAAGCUAUUCACAAUUUCACGAUUCUGGCAUUUCGGUACAAAUAUAUAUAUAAACUCUGAAGGUCGGCGUGCCGUGGAUAUUUUGUUUAGAUUUUCGCUAGGCGUUCUAAAUAAAAUAGACGCCCCACACCCUCCCUUCCUCCCUCCUCCGUCUGCGUGCGCGUCUUUUCGCAGCGCUAGAGAGAAAGCUGCUGGAUAGACGCAGACGCUGCAAAAUGCGAAUGAAAUAAUAUGAUGUGAAAUUAAGUGGCCCAAACACUGUUAUUAGCCACUGCCGAAAAGGCCACUUAGAUCGGUCGGCGAAUGGCGAAUGCUAGGUCUAGGUCUAACUGCGUUUAGCUCAGCCGGAGCGUGAACGAAGAACGCGUCGUUUCCAUUGGUUUCACACGAGCGCUGCUUAAAAGCACUUUCCUUAUACAUUAUGAACUCCUCCCCAAUUUGACUGGUUUCUCUUCUUGGGACGCACAGCGUCGCGAUCUGCACUUGGACAGAGACAAGACGCCCACAUUGUCAGCCGUUUCACGGCUGGAGAAUAAGUAUUCGGACAUUUUGGAGCGCA